ACUGUUCCCUCUUUCUAUUUCAGCUCCACAAUCCGACCGUUGAGAAUCUUCUUCUUCUUCUUCUUCUUCAACCCUCUCUCUCUCUUUCUGUCUUUCUACUAUUCGCUUUCACAGUGAGAGUUAGAGUUCACCAUUUCUUCACUGAGAGAAGAAGCAAAACCCAAAAAUGGAGUCACCACAAGCAAAAAAAACUGGGUUGAACCUGCCAUCUACAAUGUCAGGGACAUCACUACGCCUCGAAACAUUCUCUGCAUCAUCUUCAUUCCGAUCAAUCUCGAACCUGUCACCAUCAAAGCCUUCAACAACCAGUGACAGGUUCAUCCCGUGUAGAUCGUCUUCGAGGCUGCACACAUUCGGCCUCAUUGACAAACCCUCGCCGGUGAAAGAAGGGAGUAACGAGGCUUAUUCCAGGUUGUUGAAGUCUGAGAUUUUUGGUUCUGAUUUUGCUUCUCCUUCUCCUUCUUCUCCUGCAGGUAACUCUGGUUCUCCGAUGAGUAGUCCCAGCAAGAAUAUGUUGCGGUUUAAGACGGAUCAUUCUGGACCUUCCUCGCCGUUUUCGCCUUCGAUUCUUGGUCACCAUUCUGGGUUCUCUUCUGAGUCUUCAACGCCGCCUAAGCCUCCGAGGAAAGUUCCCAAGACACCCCACAAGGUUCUGGAUGCUCCUUCACUUCAAGAUGACUUUUACUUGAAUCUUGUGGACUGGUCCUCACAGAAUGUUCUAGCUGUGGGGCUUGGAACUUGUGUUUAUCUCUGGAGUGCUUCAAACAGCAGAGUGACUAAGCUUUGUGACUUGGGGCCUUAUGAUGGUGUUUGUUCUGUCCAGUGGACCAAAGAGGGUUCUUUUAUUUCGGUCGGUACAUCGCUUGGUCAAGUUCAGGUUUGGGAUGGAACUCAAUGCAAGAAGGUCAGAACAAUGGGAGGGCAUCAGACAAGAACGGGUGUCUUGGCAUGGAAUUCUCGCAUUUUGGCUUCAGGGAGCAGGGACAGGAACAUCCUUCAGCAUGACAUGAGGGUUUCAAGUGACUUUGUUGGAAAACUAGUUGGCCACAAGUCUGAGGUAUGUGGAUUGAAAUGGUCCUGUGAUGAUAGGGAACUUGCUUCUGGUGGUAAUGAUAACCAGCUUUUGGUAUGGAAUCAGCACUCUCAACAACCAGCUCUGAGACUUACAGAACACACUGCUGCUGUGAAGGCCAUUGCUUGGUCACCUCACCAGAGCAACCUCCUUGUGUCUGGUGGUGGAACUGCCGAUAGGUGUAUUCGUUUCUGGAACACUACAAAUGGCCAUCAAUUGAACCAUGUUGACACUGGGAGCCAGGUGUGCAACCUUGCUUGGAGUAAAAAUGUGAAUGAGAUAGUAAGUACUCAUGGGUACUCCCAAAAUCAGAUUAUGGUGUGGAAAUAUCCAUCACUAUCAAAGGUUGCAACUCUAACUGGCCAUAGCAUGCGAGUGCUGUACCUUGCAAUGUCUCCUGAUGGUCAGACAAUAGUAACUGGUGCAGGGGAUGAGACUCUGCGGUUCUGGAAUGUUUUUCCAUCAAUGAAAACACCUGCCCCAGUUAAAGACACUGGCCUUUGGUCACUGGGACGCACCCAAAUUCGAUGACCAUUAGCACGGCUCCAGUGAAAUUCUUAUCAUUACCAAAAGGAGAAAAUUAUCUGUAUAUGGAUUGAUACUGUCAUUUGUUAUUGAUUACCAUUAGUCUAAUAAAUUGUGUAAAGUUUUCAUUCAAAAUUAAUGGUGUUUUAUAGUUGAAUUCA